AUGACAACCCAUAGACCUGAUAACAUCAGAAUUCACAAGUAUUAUUCGAUUGUACUUUGCGCUUGUCUAUGCCGAAUAUCUGAAGCGUCAGAGGCAGAUGUACUUGCAGCAUUAAAAGCUCAACAGAUCCCAGAGGAAGCUCAGACGCUGAGCGGUGAACCGCUAGUCGAAUAUCUCAACAAGAAUCAAAACCUUUUCGAGGAAAGUCAUCCUCCACUGAUUCUUCUUACAAGAGCUGCUAUAACACCAGUUAGCCAUGGCUACAAGCACAAACUUAUGGAUUUGAAAUUCAUCGGUCAGAAACGGAACAUUGUUGUAGAAGACGAAAAAGACUUUGGAGACGAUAUACCAGAAAGGUUGCAAAUAUCAAGUCCAAUACAAGACAAUGAGCUUUUCAGUCUGCUCAAAAGCUAG